UGUUGCAAAUGCAGGUUUGGGCCUUUUGGCUGUUGUUUCGCUUUUCGAAACACUGGUGCUCGUAGUUAUCCUCUUGCCUUGCAUAAUCCGUGCACGCACGAUUAGUUUUUUCUUUCCUGUUCUGUCUUGUUAUCGUUCACAAACAUGGUACAUUUUAAUUAGCUCGACUGAUCGAGUCCGAGUAUUUGUUUUGAGUGACAGCCUUCGAAAAUUACCAAUGGAAUUCAAAUGUGACACACCUUUGCCGCCGCAGUUUGCCAUGAAGAGCGAAAAUGAUCUCUCGUAUUUUCAUUUGUCAAUUCCGGAUGAGCUGCCUAUGCAGAUUCAUAACUUAGCCCCACUGUCACCUAGCAACCCAUUGCUUGGGGGAAAUUUGAACCUGCUGGAGGGAUUUAUAUCUGGGAUACAGAUAAGCGGAACGAGCCAUGACAGACCCGUCAUUCUCGCGGUAGCAAACGACACGCCUGGAGCGCGCAAGGUUUUAGCGUCGAAGAUUUUCAUCCCACCUUCCGAAAGCGAGGCAGAGCUGUCUAAGAUGAUCGGCAGUGACAGGCGAAAUGGCAGUCGCUGCAAACACUGUGCGGCUGAUAUGGACUGCGGCGAUUUGUCCGAUCUGCAGAACAUGCCGCAUUUGCCGACGAAGACCAAACUAUCCAUGUUGUUGAAGGACAUCCAUACUGCAAUAUCCCACCAGCACUCGUUCCACCAGGGGUCACGUAGAAAGAGAAUACGGCGCAUGCCUGAGGAUGAUGCUCUGGAUUCCGUCGUUGAUGUGGUUGAAGCAUUCGAGAUCGACAUUAAGAGAGUUCCCACCAUGGAUACUGCUGGAAUCCUCAGUAUGGUGGAGAAAUUGUUUGGAUCUGAUCAAGCGGUCUGUGAUGCCUUUCGUAAAGAGCAAAUCGAUGGAAGCAGUUUCGUCUUGUUGUCAGUGGAUAGCUUUGUCCGUCUUUUGAAAGUUCCGGUAGGAAUCGCAGUCACUUUGGACGGGAUCGCCAGAUUGAGCCGACGAGAGCACGGCAUAACUUCGCCGGUAUGAUUUUUUGCAAAUCCACAAGGAAAGUGAUUUCGGAAUCUUAUGUUACUGACGUGGUCCAGAGCAUUGCUAUGAAAACUUCGGGUGUUUUUUUCGGUCUGGACGUUAUAUAAAUAUUAGAUUUUUUGUAUUGCGGUUUUCUUGGUAUCUUUCAUUAUUAAUCUGUUGUGUUGUUGAUAUUAAGACUUGUUCUUAGGCAGUGACGGAGUACACUGUAAUUGUUAAUAAAUGCCGUCUUCAUAACUUUUUUACUGUAGUUGCUUUCGUUUUACUUGAGGAAUUAAAGAUCACCUUCAGUGUG